CGGCUCGGGUAGCCUAACGCCGCACCGCACAAAGCACAAGGCCGGCGCGGCAGGCCAAGCGGCAGGCAACCACCCCGGGGCGCACCCCGCGCAACACGCAGCCGGCGGAGGGGGCGGACGCGGCGGCGUGGCGAGCGGCGGCGCGGCGGAGAAGCAACAGCUGCCGCCGCGGAGGCGCCCGCGCCCCGCGGCCCAGUCCGCGGUGCGCCCAUCAGCCGACAGGACCUCGGCGAGGACCACGACGACAUGGGCUCCGGGAGCGGCGGCGCCCUGCUGCUCGUGCUGCUGGCGUCGGCGGCGGGCGCCCUCCAGUACGACGACGACGACCUCGGUGACGUGGAGACGUUUCAAGUGAACGUGACGGCGCCCGCCGACGUGGACGCCGCGCAGACGCCGACGCCGAGUAGUGCGCGGAAGUGCUGCCCCCCGGGGCUGAGCAUGUACCGGGUGAACGCCCCGGGCUGCGACAACCAGGUCACGUGCAGAAUCACGGACUCGUCCUCGUCGAUCCUGUGGUCGCUGCAGCCCGGGGGCGCGGAGGGGCAGUACGGCUUCCCGACGUCCUGCCCACGGGAGAGGUGCCACCUCGUGCUCCUGGACAACGCGACGGAGCCGCACGCCGAGCCUUACUGCGUGGACAAGCUGGCCGAGACGGACCUCAGCGGCCAGGUCGUGGCCCAGGUCAUGGCGGGCAUGGCCUGCGUGCAGGGGGCAGUGUUCGCGGGUGGCACAGAGAUGGCGCGGCUGCGGGCCUCCAACGACCCCGCCGCCCCCGCUGCCCCGGUCGUGCCGUUCCGCAAGUGCUGCGCCGUACACCAGUCGUACGACCUGGCGUCCAGGGAGUGCGUCGAUGGGCGGGGGGCCGUCGUCGACGACGACGACGAGAACGCCGUGAGCACUACGCCGGCGGCGUGGACCCUGCCUCCACCCGCCGACUACGGUAGCCAGCAGCAGGCCGUCAACGCGCUGUUCCGACGGGUGUUCCACAAGAACCUCAGCGCGCUCGUGGACAUGCGCGUCGGUCCGCCGGACUGUGAGCGGCCGCCGCGACGGUCCGAGCAGGACCAGGUCGACGACGAGAACAACGACCAGUACGAGCAGACGGCGCUGCUCGACGUGGCCGUGUUCGACGCCUUCCCCUGGGACGAGCAGCUCGUCGACGAGCACGGCGUCAUCACGCUGCGGCCCGCGGCCCUGCGCGGCGUCGGGGAGGACGCCACCUGGCGCCUCGGCCCCGGCGAGUACUGCGUGGACGACGCGGGCUCUGCGGGGACGCUGGUCGUCAAGGUGUGCCUCGGGAAGGCCGCCGUGGCCGCCUACCAGGUGUGCCAGCGCUUCGGCUGCUUCCGGAAGUGCUGCCCGCACCACGAGUACUUCAUGCCGGUGGGUGGCGUGCACGUCUGUGUCCCGCGCCCGCCCGACCCAGACCAGCCGCCGCUGCGUCCCCAGGUCGCCGACCCUCCAGCCGUCAACAGGAGCGACGAGUUCGCCUACGUGCACCGCUCCGCGCAGGACCUGGUGGAGGAGGCGUACCAGCGGUUCGUCGCGGACCAGCGGCCGCACCAGGUCACCUUCUCCUCCGUGGUCCACAACGUCUGCCCCGAGUUCCGCUUCCGGCUGGAGGACAACGGCGACGUGUGGUUCUUCGACCGCAUGGGGAUGCUGUACCUGCCCACCUGGCCCGAGAUUGAGACCCAGCAGUACUGUUUGGACGACUCGCAGGAGCUGGCCAACACGUCCGUGCUCGUCUGCCUCCCGGAUACGGACCCGACGCAGGUGGAGGAGAACUCGCGGAUCAACAUCAUCACCAUCGGGCUGCUCGUGUCCUGCAUGUUCCUGGCGCUCACCCUGCUCACCUACUGCUGCCUGCCCGCGCUGCAGAACCUCCACGGCAAGACGCUCAUGUGCCACGUGUUCAGCCUGCUCAUCGCCUACCUGUUCCUCGCCCUCACCCAGCUGCUCACCAAGACCGUCAUCAUGGAGAAGGAGUGGAUCUGCACAAUCAUCGGAAACUGUAUGCUCUUCAUGUUCCUGUCCGCCUUCUCGUGGCUCAACGUCAUGUGCUUCGACAUUUGGCGGACGUUCGGCGGGAUGACCUCCUCGCGAGCGGUGAAGCGGUCCAGCGCGUCGCGACGCUUCCGCUGGUACUGCGUGUACGCGUGGGGCCUGUCCAGCCUCAUCACCGUCAUCUGCAUCACCGUGGACCAGUGGCCGGGCAACGACAAGAGCGUCUUCCGCCCGCAGAUCGGCGACGGCUCCUGCUGGUUCAGGACCGAGCCCUUCGAGAAGGCCUUCGGCAUCCUUAUCUUCUUCGCGGGCCCGCUGCUGGUGCAGACGUGCUCCAACGUGGUGCUGUUCGUGCUGACGGUCCUCAACUACUCGCGCAUCAAGAGCGAGAUCAAUCGCAUGCACACCGCGUCCAACUCCAGGAAGGUCAAGAAGUUCCAGGCGGACUCCAACAAGCUCAAGAUGAACUUGAAGCUGUUCGUGGUGAUGGGGGUGACGUGGGUGCUGGAGCUCGUGUCCACCUUCUUCCCCCGGGAGCACUCCAUCUUCUACCUGUCGGACACGGCCAACGCCCUGCAGGGCGUCAUGAUCUUCGCCAUCUUCGUGCUCAAGCGCAAGGUGCUGCAGGCGCUGGCCGUGCGCCUGGGCCGCGCGCCGCCCCCGCCCGCCUACUCCACCAACCCCUCCGUCAACGCGGACUGCCGCCUCACGACGGGGCUCGCCGUACGCGGCAAGACCACGAGCACCAACACGCUCUUCACCUCAGACUUCCGAAGCACGGCGUCCAGGGUGGAGACAGCGCAGUGACGCGGUCGGCUGUACGCCCCCCCCCCCAUCCUUUUGGGCCAUGCGGUUGAUUUAGAGACGUUCCGCGUGCACGACGUCUCAGAUCGAUAUGGUGUUUCCCUGGGAGAAACAGACGAAGAGACGCUAAUGAAAUGCGCAGUUUCCUAACAACAUGGCGUCAUUUGUGACAAAGGAGAUUGGACCGGUACCCCCGCCCGUAUCGUGGCCUGCCGGGCGUCAUACUCCCAAAUGUGAUAUAGUAGAUUUGUAUUUCCGAAGCGGCUGCUAGGCUAGGUGUAAUGAUUAUUCUGUAUUUGUACAACGCUGAGCUGAUCUCAUAUAUGUAUUUCCCAAGGUGCACGUGAUGGUGGUUGUGAUGGUUUACCUUGGCGUGUGCUAUUUGUUGUAAGUUUAACCUAAGGUCUAAAUAAUAUUGAACACUGCUGUCCUGA